UUUUCCCUACUGCUGUCCAUGAGAUUCUGCAGGUUGCUAGCCGAAAAAGCAAAUCUUGUGGUGAUGGGUGAGAAGGAGAUCUCUGGUUUUGACAUGAAUGGGUCUGACAACAAGAGUGGUGAUACCGUGUACCCUUUGUAUUUUGGUGUUUCAUGUGCGCUUUUUGCACUCCAAGUUCUCUCAAAACCUCGCUUUGAAAUUGAAAGGUGGUGUGAGAUUCGUAAUAUCAUGCUUCAAGGAAGUGCACGGCUUUUAGGGUUGCUUGUGUGGAAAGUUCAGAAGCAAAGUCCGGAUGGGGGAGACUGCGAACUCAGGAGUGCCAAGAGAGAAAUUGAAAACUUGAGAAGUCUGAGACACGAAGAUGCCAAAGCCAACGAGAAAGUUGUGAGCAUCUUCGCUACACAAGAACAGAACUGGCUAAGCGAAAGGAAAAUGCUACAUCAACACAUUGGGGCUCUGAUGAAUGAACUCAGGAUUCUUGAGAAAAAGAAGGAAGAAGCUGCAUCUGAAUUAAAUAAGAAAUUGAAGGAAAUGGAGGUUUUGGUAGAGUCUAAGGACAAGGUGUUGAAAGAAGAGGAGCAGAAGGGGACGGAGCUCGAGGAGAAGUUGACAGAGGCGGAAAGAAAUGCAGAAGAGUUGAGAGAAAAUGCCAAGCGUGAAAUUCAGGAGCAUUCAUCUGGGCUCUGGAAGCAAAAAACUGCCUUCAUCGGAAAGUUGUUGGAGCAGAAGGAGGAGUCAGAAAUGAUGAUCCAGAAACUAUCAAUGGAGGUUUCAGAAUUGCACAAGGAAUUGGAACGGAAAGGCAGGAUUUUGUCGGCAAUGUUAAAGAAAGCUAAGCUGGAUGCAGCAGAAAAGCAAAUGCUAAUAAAAGAGGCUAAAUUGUCAAAGGCUAGAAGGAAACAAGCAGAACGAGAGACAGAAAAGUGGAGGGCAGUCACAGGUGGAAGAUAUAAAAGACAUUCACUAAGAAGCAUGUUGGUUCGCUUAGGUUCAACAAGGCUGCAACACGUUUCAAAAGAACCAAAACAUUUUUCUCACUUAUCUGAUCACUACCUGCCCAAAUCUUAUGAGGAAUCGGAUAUUACCGGUAACGGGAAGCAUUUGGAAGAAUGGGUAAAAGCGGAGGCCCAAAAUUAUGCAGCUAUGAUUGAGCAGAGGCAUCAAUUAGAGCUUGAAGCUUUUGCAGAAGAACUGAGUAAUAAAGCUGAGAAAAUAGAGGCAUUUCAAUGGCAAUUGUUGAGGAUGGAAUUAGAAACAAAGAAGCUGCAGUCCCACGUGAGAGGAUUAAUCAAGGAUGUCGCACAGCUCAGACAUGAUAAGAUGAAGUUGGAGACAACGCUGUUGGAGAGAGACAAGGAAUUGACUUCCCCGAAAGAGAAACUUGCAUUACAAUUGAAGUCUCCAGACUGCUUCAAACAUAACUUGCUGUUGCCUUCACAGUCAUCAGAGCGAGCUGAAGAUGCCAUUUGGUCCGAAAUCAAGAGAAAAUCAGUUGAGAAAGAGCAAGAAAUGAAGGAAAUUUCGAUGGUGGAAUACUGCGAGAAGGAAGCGCUAUCAGCAGAAAUGGAGGACAGUCUUGUGCAGAAGAGGAAUCUGAGUGAAGUAGACCUUGAUGCUGCCGAAAACAUAGCGUCCACCAGCCAGAGCUCCAAUGAGACAAGCCAUUUCCCAUGGAAAAUGGAUCUUUAUGCUGUUGGAGUGUUUUACAAGAUCAAGAGGCUAAAGCAACAACUUGUUCUUGUUGACAGAUUGAUAGGACGGCAAGCCAGGGGGGGAGAAAAAGAAAUUAAUGAUGACAGCAACAUUGACAUGAAGAUUUAUCUAUCAUUGACUUCUGUGCUGAAUAAACAAGUUCAGAGAUACCAAUCCCUCCAAGAGAAGAUGGACAAUCUUUGCAAACUGAUGCAUGAGAAUAACCUACAUGCAAAUCGUGGGGAUUUGAGUGCUGCAGCCACCAAGGGUAAAACAGAAACACUGGAGCAAUUCCUAGAAGAAACGUUCCAACUGCAGAGAUGCAUAGUUGCAUCAGGAGAGAAAUUGGUGGAAAUUCAAUCCAGGAUGGUUCCUGGGUUCGCAGGGGUGGCCAAAGAGAUGGAGAAAAGUUCUGGAAUUGACGCGAAGAGAUUUGCCCAUAGUAUUAGAAAUCUACUGCAGGAAGUUCAAAGAGGCCUUGAAAUUCGGACAGCUCGAAUAGUUGGAGAUCUUGAGGGGGCACUAACUUGUCAAGGGAUGAUGAGGUUGACAAGAUAGCACUGGGAAAGUGGGAACCUUUUUUGUUCCUGUGGCGCUUCACAUGAUGACCUUCGUGUAUUUAUAUGUCUAUACUGAUUUCUUCAGCUUUUUUUUUUUUUUUAACCAGGAUUUCUUUGGCUAAUAACAUGGUAGUUUUGUACAGAGAAGUCACAAACAGAUACCCCUGGAGUUGUAAUUUUAAGGCUUUUUCUUUCUAUAUUC